GUCGUUACAAUAGGCUUGCUCAUGAGCUGGUUAAAGCUUAUACUAGGAAACAUAUCUCUCCUAGGUGCAUGCUGAAGAUUGACUUACAGAAGGCUUAUGAUUCAGGGGAAUGGGCAUUUUUGGAGCAAGUAAUGUAUGGUUUAGGAUUUCUUGAGAUGUUUGUGCAAUGGGUAAUGAAAUGUGUCAAAACUGUGAACUAUUCUAUAGUAGUUAAUGGGCAUAUUUCACAAAGUUUUGAAGCAGCUAAAGGGUUGAGACAAGGAUAUCCAAUGUCUCAUUUUCUAUUUGCUAUAGCAAUGGAGUAUCUGAGUAAGACCCUUAAAGGCCUUAGAGAUGAUAAAAAGUUCAAGUACCAUCCUAAGUGUUCAAAGCUUGAUGUUACUCAUCUAUGUUCUGCAGAUGACCUGUUAUUGUUUGCUAGAGGUGAUCUUGAGUCUGUCAUAGCCAUUCAAUUAUGUUUCUCUCAUUUUUUCCAAGCUUCAGGGUUACAGGCUAACCACAAUAAAAGUUCAAUAUAUUGUGGAGGUGUCCAAAGAGAAGUGAGGCAACAGAUUGUUCAGCAGCUGGGAUACAACAUGGAAGAAUUGCCUUUCAAAUAUUUGGGAGUUCCAUUAUCAACUAAGAAAAUGUCAGUUAUGCAAUGGCAUCCACUUAUUGAUAGAAUAAUGGCAAGAAUCAACUCUUGGACAGCUAGGAAGCUAUCUUAUGCAGAGAGAGCUCAAUUGGUGCAGACAGUCUACUUAUGGUCAAGAACUGGACAUGUUACUAAGAAGGCUUUAAUAGCAUGGGAGCAAGUUUGCAGGCCUAAAAGUGAAGGUGGCAUGGGGCUGAUAAACAUGCAAGUAUGGAAUAGAGCAGCAGUAGCUAAACUCUGCUGGGACUUGGCAAACAAAGAAGACAAGGAAGCUAGCAACAGCGGAUAG